AUGUCUGUCGUUGGUAUUGAUUUCGGAAACUUGCAGUCGAUUAUCGCCGUUGCCAGAAACCGUGGUAUCGACGUUAUCUGCAAUGAAGUCUCGAACCGCUUCACGCCCUCCUUGGUUUCGUUCGGACCCAAGCAGCGUUACCUCGGCGAGACCGCCAAGACGCAAGAGAUCUCCAACUUCAAGAACACCAUCUCGUCCUUGAAGCGCAUCAUCGGACGCACCUUUGCCGACAAGGAGAUUCAGGAAAUUGAGAAGCAAUACUUGACCGCCCCCCUCGUCGAUGUCAAUGGCCAGCUCUCUGUCAAGAUUAACUAUCAGGGACAGGAGACUACCUUCACCACUAUUCAGGUCUUCGCCAUGUACCUUACCAAGGUUAAGGAAAUUGCCACCAAUGAGACUAAGCUCCCCGUCUCCGACUGCGUCAUCGCCAUUCCCGCCUGGUUCACGGAUGUCCAGCGCCGUGCCGUCCUCGAUGCUGCCGAGAUCGCUGGCCUCAACGUCCUCCGCCUGAUCAACGACUCGACCGCCACCGCUCUCGGCUACGGUAUCACCAAGACUGAUUUGCCCGAGGAUAAGCCUCGCAACAUCUGCUUUGUCGAUGUCGGUCACUCUUCCUACACUGUUUCUGUCGUUUCCUACAUCAAGGGACAGCUCACUGUCAAGUCCCGCGCCUUUGAUAGACACUUUGGAGGCCGUGACUUUGACCGCAUGUUGGUCGACCACUUUGCUGCCGAAUUCAAGACCAAGUAUGGCAUCGACGUCAAGUCGAACGGUAAGGCCAUGAUCCGUUUAAUGGCUGGAUGCGAGAAGCUCAAGAAGAUCCUCUCGGCCAACUCGCAGGCCCCUCUCAACAUCGAAUCCAUUAUGGAGGACCGCGAUGUUUCCUCGGUGAUGAAGCGCGAGGAGUUCGAGAAGCUCGCCGAGGAGUUGAUCACGCGUGUCGAGGCUCCCAUUAAGCAGGCCUUGGAGGAUGCUGGCCUGACCGUUGAUGAUAUUGAUGCCGUCGAGAUGGUUGGAGGUUCGAUCCGUAUUCCUGCCCUCAAGGAGCGCAUCCAGGCCUACUUCGGCAAGGAGCUCUCCUCGACCUUGAACCAGGAUGAGGCCGUUGCUCGUGGUGCUGCUCUCCAGUGCGCUAUCUUGUCGCCCUCCUUCAAGGUCCGUGACUUCACUGUCCAGGAUAUCACCAACUACCCUAUCAAGAUGACCUGGCAGCCUACCCCCGAGGAGGAGGAGACCGAACUCGUUGUCUUCAACAAGAACAACUCCAUCCCCUCGACCAAGGUCUUAACUUUCUACCGCUCCGCACCCUUCGAUCUUGAGGCCCAGUAUGCCCAGCCCGAGAGCAUCCCCGCCGGUAUCAACCCCUGGAUUGCCCGUUUCUCCAUCAAGAACGUCGAGCCCAUCAACGGCGAGCCCGUUUGCGUCAAGGUCAAGGCCAGAGUCAACAUCCACGGUGUCCUGUCCGUCGAGAGCGCAUAUGUUGUUGAGGAGGUCGUUAAGGAGGAGCCCGUUGAGGCCCCCAAGGCUGAUGCUGCCCCCGCUGAAGGCUCUGAGGAGGCUGCUGCCGCUCCUGCUGCCGAGACCCGCAAGGUCAAGAAGCUGGUCAAGAAGGCUGACUUGCCCGUUGUCAGUGCCACCUCUUCCCUGGACCGCUCUGUUCUUACCGAGCUCAAGGAAAAGGAGAACGAGAUGAUUGCAUCGGACAAAUUGGUUGUCGACACUGAGAUGGCCAAGAACGCUUUGGAGGAGUAUAUCUAUGACAUGCGCUCGAAGGUCGAUGGUCUUUACAAGGACUUUAUCAACCCUGCCGAUAAGGAGAAGUUUGUCAAGGACUUGAACGAUGCUGAGAACUGGCUGUACGACGAGGGCGACGAGACUACCAAGUCUGUGUACGCUUCCAAGUUGGGUGAGCUCCAGGUUGUUGGCAAGCCCGUUGUUGAGCGUUACCGCGAGGUCGAGGCCCGUGUCAACGCUGCUCGUGAGUUGCGCGAGUCGAUUAACCAGUUGAUGUCCCAGGCAACGAGCACAGAGGAGAAGUAUGCGCAUAUUCCUGUAGAGGAGAAGAACCAGAUUGUUGAGAAGUGCUCGAAGGCUCAGACCUGGAUCGAGAACAAGUUGGAGCGCCAGUCGAUGCUCAAGAAGUACGAAACACCCGCUAUUUCAUCAGCUGAGAUCCGCAAGCAGCGCGAUGAUAUCGUCUACUUUGCCACGCCGAUCAUGAACAAGCCCAAGCCCAAGCCUGUGGUGGUCGAGACUCCCGAGACGCCUGCUGAGGAGAAGAAGGAGGAGAAGCCUGCGUCGGAGGAGGAGACCAAGCACGAUGACUCGAAGGACAUGGAUAUUGAUUAA